UUAGAUAACGUUGGUUUGGAAACAGGAAAGCAAAGCGCGCUUUCACUUCGCUUAUGGCUCAUAUCUGCCAAUGUCUGACUCGAUUGUUAACCUUCCGGCGAAAUUUUCCGGUGACCAUCGCCGGGAACCACUGCAAGAGCGGGGAAGAGUUUGUGGAGGAAGUGGUGUCACUAGCACAUGGCCUUCUCCAGUUGGGAGUCACACCGGGUGAUGUUGUCGCUAUCUCUGCUUACAAUAGUGAUUGGUAUCUGGAAUGGUUGUUAGCCAUUGCAUUUGUUGGAGGAAUUGCUGCUCCUCUGAAUUAUCGUUGGAGUUUUGAAGAGGCAAGGUUAGCAAUGAUAUCAGUGAGGCCAGUUAUGUUAGUGAUUGAUGAGAGCUGCUACUCAUGGUACUUCAAAUUCCAACAAAUUGAUAUUCCAUCUUUGAGGUGGCAUGUUUUGUUGGAUUCCCCUUCUUCAGAUUUUACAAACAAGUUGAAUGUGUUGACUCCAGGAAUACUUAAGAAGCAUCAUGUAAAGCCUGUAGAAUUCAAUUACUACUGGGCACCUGAAGGAGCUGCAAUAAUAUGCUUUACUUCAGGAACUACCGGAAAGCCCAAGGGAGUCACAAUAAGCCAUGAGGCUUUGAUCAUACAGUCCCUAGCCAAGAUUGCAGUAGUUGGUUAUAGUGAGGAUGAUAUCUAUCUUCAUACUGCUCCAUUGUGCCACAUUGGUGGCUUGUCAUCAGCCAUGGCCAUGCUCAUGGUUGGAGGUUGCCAUGUAUUCAUGCCAAAGUUUGAUGCAAAAUUAGUUGUUGGUGCCAUAGAGCAAUAUAAUGUGACAUCUUUUAUCACAGUUCCUGCAAUAAUGGCCGGUCUGAUUUCUGUUGUUAGGCACAAAAAAACCUGGAAAGGGGAGGAAACUGUCAAGAAAAUACUAAAUGGGGGUGGAAGCCUCUCACUUGAGCUUAUCAAAGACACUGGCAUAUUCUUCCAUAAAGCUAAGCUUAUUUCAGCUUACGGGAUGACAGAAGCAUGCUCUUCAAUGACAUUCAUGACACUAUAUGAUCCAAUUCUAAAAACCACUAGCCAUCCUUUUAAAACAUAUGGUGAGGUAGGAUCCAAUAUCGUUCACCGGCCACAAGGUGUUUGUGUUGGCAAGGCUGCACCUCAUGUAGAAUUGAAGAUAUGCACAGAUUCCUCUGGUGACAUUGGGAGAAUUUUAACCAGAGGACCGCAUUUAAUGCUAAGGUAUUGGGAUCAAGCUCUCACAAUCCCAUCAAAUCAUAGGAAUGAAGUCUGGCUUGACACAGGUGACAUUGGAUCAAUGGAUUGUCAUGGUAACUUGUGGCUCCUUGGACGUACUAAUGGUCGGAUCAAGAGUGGUGGGGAGAAUAUUUACCCUGAAGAGGUUGAGGCAAUUCUACUAGAACAUCCAGGGAUAGCAAGUGUUGUUAUUGUGGGAAUACCAGAUGAUCGUUUCACAGAGAUGGUAGCAGCAUGUAUCCAACCAAGAGAAAAUUGGCUAUGGUCAGAGCAUUCUACUUCAAAUGAAGAGUAUCACUUAUCUAGAAAGAAUCUCCAGCAAUACUGUUUAGAAAAUAAUUUAAGCAGGUUUAAGAUACCAAAGAUAUUUAUUGAAUGGAGAAAGUCUUUUCCGAUCACUACCACAGGAAAAAUAAGAAGAGACCAAGUUCGAAAGGAAGUUAUGUUUGAGCUACAAUCUUUGCAUAGUAAUCUUUGAAAAUAUGUAUCAAGAUCCUAGUGCCUCCUCAAUUGAGUACAUACUUUUUUUUACAAAAUUAAGUACAUUUUUAUUUGACUAAAAUUUUGUGGAUGCAUAUAUUUUUUUUAUGUAUAAAGAAAUGCAAUAAAUGAAUAGUUGAGGUUCUUAAA